AUGGCUGAAGUGCACGUCUCCCAGGAACUACCCGACGGCACGGGUGCUCGGGUCGGCAUGUUCUCAGCUCGCUUCGACGGGAAGGAGACGGAGCAGCUGUUCCGACGCGUGUACAAGCAGCUCAAGGCCCGGAACUACCCUGUCCUAAUGGUGGAUGCAAAAGCUGGGAAGGAUUUCGGAGAUUACACGGCGAUGUACCUUGGGAAGCUUAUUGCCAGCAACGGCGUGAUGCUGUCGGUGUGCACUUGGCACUAUGCAGAGGUCACGAAGUCCAAGUACUCUUCAUUCGAGGAGCUCAAAUUUGCACACGGCAACGGCAUCGAGAUCCUCCCGCUCAGGUUAUGCGACUCGUGGCCACCGAAGCCCGAAUCUGGCCCAAACCAUGCAUGCGAUAAGGACGGAUUGGCGAACGGGUUCCUCAAUCUGGCAUUCCCACCAAGCAAGAUCUUUGUGGACUGCCGCGGCAAGGAUGAACACUGGAUCGCUGCUCAGAUCGCAGAAGCGCUGCAUCGCCCCGCAGAGCGUGACAAGAAGGACCCGAAUGAGGAGGCCAGGGAACGGCUGCUGGAUUUGCUCAAGGAUGCAGAAGAGGAAGAGGAUGGUGUGAAGCUCAAAUUGAAGAACGCACCCAGCGAUAGCAAACGAAUUGUCGUCAUUGGAGGCAGCGGGGUUGGGAAAAGCACCUUCUGCGGCAUGUUGGAUGGCACUCUUCGCAAGGGUGAAGACAAGAAGUGGACGUCGAGCUUCAAACUUGGCCACAGUGCCGACUCACAGACGAAUAUUCCGGACUUGCGCGUCUGCAAUUGGCGUGGGCAUAACGGCGACGGCAAGCUGCCGAUCGUCAUCAUGGACACGCCUGGCAUGGAAGACACCAGAGGCCCUGCAAAGGAUCUGGAGCACAUGGCUAAGAUCGCCCAAUGGAUCAACAGCAUCGAGUACAUCCACUUACUGGUGUUACUCGUGGAUUCCUCUGUCAAAAUUACCGACAGUCUCCGGCGAGUUCUCGAAUUCUUUCAGGAAAGAUUCGGGAAGGAUAUGUGGAAGCACACCAUGGUGGCAGUCAACAAAUGGCAGUAUGACGAGCGCACCAUGGACAUGCGCGAGGACGGAGACCUUCCCACAUGCAAGCAGUUUGAGGAAGAGUUCCGCAGGGUGUUGCAGCUACCAAUGCGUCGUGAGGCCAGGGAUGGCCAUGCCGGUUUGGGUUUGACGGAAGCAGACUGCAACAACAUGCUGCGAUUUUCCUUCGUCGACACCCUUUACCGCCGUCAGAACGAAACAGAGAGUGAUGCUAUGGAGAACGAGCUGGCCCAAAUGCAGCUGACUCUGCGGUGUCUGCCAAGCUGGAAGGUACGGGUCCAAGCCCAGUCACCAGAGCUGAAGCAAAUCAUGCAUGCUGUGCGCUGCACCAACCUUGCCGAGGAGUUGAAACAGGUUUUGGUUGAUGUCACAAAGGUGCGCAAGCUGCCAGAAGACGUGACCGACGAAAAGCUGAAGGCCGUGGAGAUGGAGGUCGAACGGAGGUCCGAGUUUGAGAAGGUGCAGCAAGCCCUUGAAGAAGCAGAUGCUGCGUUGGGUCGAUACCAGCACCGCCAAAACCCAGCGGAUCCCCCCUCUGGACCACAUCACCCAUACAACAGGACAGGAGGGGCCAGCAAGCUCGAUCCCCUCUCCGAACCACAUCACCCAUACGACAAGACAGGCGAGGCCAGCAGGCCCUCCGGACCACAUCACCCGUUCGACAAGACAGGAGAGGCCAGCAGGCUCAUCGCCCUCGCGAUGCCAUCAACCAAGUUCUUUUUGGACUGCAGGCAAAAGGAUGUGAACGGGAUCGCCACCCAGAUCGCAGAAGUGCUGCAUCGCCCAAGCCAUUGA